UAAUCGCGCCUGGUCGAUUUCUAAGAGAAAAAGAGAGGGGGACAAGACAAGAGAAGACAAGACAGCCGACUGAAGGAGCCAAGAUGACGACAGGCGCAGACAACAUCAGAGGCCUCAUGGGUAAGGGCGUGCCGCCGACGCCGUCCUUCUUCGCCAUCGCCCGCGUUGCCACCCUCGUGCUCUCGCUCGCUGUCCUCGCCGCCAGCGCCUAUUGCCUAUCCCUGCUGGGCACCUACUCGGGCAGCUUCACCGGGCCGCCGGGCUUCAUGCUCUUCGUUGCCCUCUUCACCAUCGUCGUCCUGGGCGGCGCCAUCGCCGCAGAACGCUUCGCGCCGCACCUUUACUUCCGCAUCGUGAUGCUCGUCGGCUACGGCCUCACCUGCCUCUUCUGGCUGUCCGGCUGGGCGUGGUCCGCGAGCAUCGCGAGGCUGUUCCUCGGCGACACGUGCAUUGGGAGGACCUGCUUCGGGCCCACCGCCGAGGAGAUGCGGUACGGCGGGAGCAUGGCUGGCGCCGCGGCCGUCGGUGCCAUCAAUUGGUACGUCGUUGAACCCUCAUGGAACUUGCCGCGUCUUGGAGCGUUUAACAAGCCGUGGCCGAAACGGGGAUGGGAGUUGGCUAACUCGAAGAUUCUUAGGCUUUUGAUGGGCAUUGUAGUGUUUUACUUCAUCAAGGGGUGCGUCGCGGACCCCGACUGCUACGGCGUCGCGACGGGCCACGAGUCCGAGAUGGGCAGCAUCAAGGCCGAGCGCAAGUCGCGCCCGUAGGCGAUCUAUCAACAGGCAGUGAGCCGGGUCGGGGGUGGUGGUGAAAGCCAACCGCCAGGCCCGCAAUACAUGAGAAGGAACCGUGCCAAUAUGGGGAAAGU